CCGAUUCAGGCCACAAGCAAUGGAUCGUUGCAAGAGACAGAAGGGACUUUCAGCAUCAAAGGCUUGUUGAUGAACAGCUAUAUUGGCUUGAAAUGGAAUUGCAGAAAGCUGUUACAAAACGGCACAUGCGUCCUUGGAUAAUUGUCAUUUUUCAUGUCCCUCUUUAUUCAAGUGGGAAAUAUGGUGCUCGUGCAAAUACGUUUGACUACUGGAGAGAGUAUCGAACUGUCUUAGAGCCACUGAUGUUUAAAUACAAGGUUGAUUUGGUUGUGUCUGCACAUGAUCACAUGUAUCAGAGAACAUUUCCUGUGCUAAAGCUUAGACCUGAAACAAGGAAGACUAAUGUGUUUGUGAAUCCACAAUGUCCAGUAUAUGUUGUGUCUGGAAAUUUUGGACAACCAACUUAUGAUGCUGAAUCGUGGAUUCGCUCACCAGCAUGGAGUGCAUACAGAACUGAGAAUAAGCAGAAUGACGCAUUAAAUCUUGUUGGUUAUGCUCGAUUGAAGAUUACGAAGACUGAACUGAUGAUUGAAUAUGUUACAUCUUCUCAAAGAAAGGUACGAGACUCUGCAGCAUUAAUUAAAACAUCUCAGCUGCAUCUUCAUCGUCAUACACUUAUUUCACGAGGUAGUGAUCAAUGGUUGUUGCGAGAGUUGCCAUUAGGGAAGGCAUCUAAUUUAUCAAAUGAUUGGAAGCAGGUUGUCACUCCUGCUGGCUAUGGUCAGAUAGAGAUCACUCAGUAUGGAGGUACAGAAGUGAUAAAAAGUGACUCAUAUUUAUAUCGACACAGCUUUCAUCUCCCUUGUGUAUUACAACAAGCACAUAAAUUCACUUUAUCAGUGGCAUCUGAUGAUGGAGCACUUGUUGUUGUUAAUGGUCAUGUAGUUUUGGACAGCUAUGGUCAGAAACAACGAUGGAAACCGGAAAAUGAAUACUGGACCAACAGGGACAUUAAUAUUCCGAUUCAUUAUAUGAAGAUUGGAAAUACUAAUCAUGUUGCUGCUCAUGUCUUUAAUAAAAGACAUUCCAGAAGUCAUGUGUGGGAUUUGGAGCUAGAAGCUUUAAUGCCAGUAGAGUAUAUAGAUCAACUAUACAAAAGCCAUUUGAAUGAAAGUGAACACAGCAAUUGUUCUGUGGUAAAGCCAAAUACUGUAGCAAUUAAGUAUAGUCAAUUGUUGACCAAGCAAUCGAACAUUAGAAAUCCAGAAAGAGGUAUAUCUGCUGGUAGUACUGUUGACUUAAAGAGUUUUGUUCCACUGGAAAAAUCAGAUCUCAUAUACUUGAUGCAGCAUGGUAUUACUUUGGUGCACAGACUCUACAUUCUUAGCGGAUUGACACAAAAUGAACUGCUAAUUCAGUUUCCAGCUGCAUUGGAGAAAGACUUUUCUGUUGUUGAGGAUGUGGGAAUGAAGAUUACAGUUGGCUUUUGCUACUGUUUGAAUAAAUCUUGCAAUGGGAUUACGUCUGGCGAUAUUUUGCAACUUAUUGACCAGCUGAAACAUGUCUUGGUUUCCAACAUUAAUUUGUUGUUUGGCUUGGAUGCUCGAUUUCUAGGGUCAACUGGACAUUGCCAGGAUGCUAAAUUGAGAACAGACAGUCUUUCAAUAGUGACCAAAGCACUUGCUACUUUGCCUGGUUGUCAACAUCUGUUGAUUCCAACUGUGAAACAGCUGGAGAUACUUGCAAUGCAACUUAACUCUGAUAGGCUGUGCCUGUCUUCAUCAUUAUGUAAUUCCUCAAGGCUGGGCUUACAUAGUCAACUUACAAUUGAAGGUGGUCAUCACCUAAUUGGUGCUGUGACAGGAAAGGAAGCAUCAUAUUUUCCAUUUGCUUACAACCAUUCAAUGCACAGUCUCACAGGAGGAUAUUUAGACAUGACCAGUGUCAGAAGUGAUGAUGCUGCAUGGUUUGGUUUGGACUGUGAGAGGAUGGUAGAUGAUUUAAAUUUACUUCAUUUCACAUACAUUGCUGUUCCAAGCUAUCAGGUGGCUUCUCUGUCUCAGUGUUUGCAAACACUUGGAAAUUUGUUAGGUUAUCGUUUGUCACUGGUUGAAGGAAAGUAUUCAGCUGUUGUGCACCAAAGAGGAGAGCUGUGGAUGAAGUUGGUCUUGAAGAAUGAUGGAUUUAGUUCACCUGUUAGCGACUGGUUAGGAGAAAUCGUCAUGAAGCACAAGAAAAGCAACACCUAUUGUGUAGGAAAUAUAAGUUUGAACACUCAUCUGUGGUAUGGCCAGGGUUAUCUCCAUGAAAUCGAAUCAUCAUUCUACCUACCAUCUAAGAUUUUACCAACAGGAGACUGGGAGCUCUACUUUAGUCUCAGUGACGUGGGAGUGACAUCACACCAACAACACCGUUAUCAUCUUCUGUUCACCAGCAAUGAUGGGAAGGGAAAUAAAACACAACUUAACAGGCUACUACAUGUUGUCAAGGUCACACCGUACAUAGCAAGCCCCCACAAGACAGUACUACAGCCUAGUACUUUGUUUCGUUGUUACAUGAAUCAAAAGCAGCUUUGAAAAAUACCGACAGCCACAUAUGUGUAGGACACUAGAAAAGCAUGUUCAUUA